AAAAGAGGUAGCAUGUCUGCAGGCUGUCUGCACCGCUGCUAUUUACCAGGGAGGGGGGUGAUAUUUUAAACCGGAGAGCCCACAUAUGUACCCCACUGAGUUGCCCUGACCUUGCCAUUUGGUGCGGGUUAAGACGCAUGAGACCACUGGCGGAGAAAAGUAGCUGGGAAAGAGACAGGCUUGCUUCCAGUGUCUGCAGGCAGUCCAGGGAAGAAGGGGGAAGACAUCAGAUAUCAGAUAUAUCAUAAAGAAGACUGACUAAGGCAACUUGUUUGAGGAUUUAGAGGAGCAGAAGACAUCUGGUGGGGUUGAGAAGCAGCCAGGCUGAGCUGACUUUACCCCCUGAGGAGGAGUUGCAGUUGCCGGCCAGGGCAGGUCCCAAGGCUGGCAGGGGCUGGCCCUACUGCUUCUCCACCUCCGUUCCUUCCUCCUCUUCCAUUUUUCCUUAUCCUCCCUUGAAGAACUGCUGUGCAGUAUUGCUGAACCUACAGGUUGAGCCUGUAAGCAACGCAGGAAUGCUCAAAUAUUCCUCAAAUGUCCCAACACACCAGAGGAGAAGCCUUCUUUAAGGGGACCUCGUUGCUGUCCUUUUUUUUCCUUUUCACACUCACUGGUUGAGUGCAUUGAGGAGCUUUGUAUACUUCCCCCAAACCUGUGUUGUUUUUCUUUUUUUAAACCGGAACGCUGGCGACCUUUUCGGUAGCACGGUGCAAGGACCAGCUCCACUCACCCAAGAUGAGCCGCUGGCUGAAAUGCACCUCCAUGCACUUUAACACAGACUGGAACAAGUAUGACGAUCGGCUGAUGAAAGCCGUGGAACGCGGGGAGUUGGACAAGGUGGCUGCCGUCCUUAGCAAGAAGGGUAUAAUCCCCACCAAGCUGGAUGUGGAGGGACGAUCUGCGUUCCAUUUGGCUGCAACACGAGGACACUUAGACUGUCUCAAUCUCAUACUCUCACACAGUGCUGACGUCACAGCGACAGAUGCCACAGGUAAAAAUGCUCUCCAUCUGGCUGCAAGAAAUGGGCAUUCGCUGUGUGUGCAAAAACUCCUCCAGCACAACUGUCCGGUUGGCAACGUGGACCUCCAAGGAAGGACAGCUCUCCAUGAUGCUGUCAUGGCAGGCUGCUCAUCCAGCGUGAAACUUCUCUGCGACAGCGGCGCUGCAGUCAAUGCCAGUGAUUUUGAUGGCAGGACUCCAUUGGUGCUGGCAACCCAAAUGUGCCAUCCACGCAUCUGUCAGCUUCUUGUUGAGCGAGGGGCUGAUAUCUCUGUCCGGGACAAACAAAAAAAAACAGCACUCAUCCUGGGUUGCGAGUACGGUUGCAAGGACGCAGUGGAAGUGCUGUUAAAGAAUGGCGCCGACGUGAAGGAAGUGGACAGCUUGGGCCACGAUGCCUACCACUACGCUCGCCUCAGCAAGAACCAGGAGCUUGUGGCGUUGAUGAAAAUCUGCCUGGACAAAGCCAGCAGAGAUAAAGAGGCAGCAAAAAUAGAACAGUGGAAGCGACAGCAGUCGGUGGAGCGCUCAGACUCCGUGGAGUCUAACAGAAGGGAUCACAUCAUACAUGACUUGGAGAGGCAGAACGAGUCCCUGCAGGAAAGUCUCAGGAAAUACCACCUAGAGCAGAGGGCACUGCUAGAUAAGGUCAACGUGCUACAACAACAGCUUACACAGGAAAAGAAAACCAUAGAAGACACUCACAAGGAGAAGGAGCAAUUAAAGGUGUUACUUAGUGCCAAAGAGCGAGAAGGGUCACGAGGCUCGGAGACUGUCAAGGUCCAGCUCAAAAGCACCAUGGGGGAAUACACUGGCCAGUCAGUGAUCAAAGGGAAGGAGAACUAUUUGGUCAAACAAGCUUAUAGCUUGGAUUCGGAUCAGAAACUCCACAAUCCUGCCAUGUCACGUUCACUCGCCAGACCGUCGGAGAAGAGUCUGUCUGGUGAGCCUGAUGUUCUUCGACACGAGCUUGAGAUUCUCAGGAGAAAACAGCAAGCGACUGAGGAGGACAGGGCACGACUUCAUUCUGCUCUGAGUCGAAAAACCAGAGAAUGCCAAGAACUGGUUCAGAGUAGAGACCUCAUCCAGAAACAGGCCGACCAGCAAGUUCAAGAACUUGAGGAUGCCUUGGGCGACGUGCAGAAGAGGAUGCUUGAUUCGGAAUGCAAGGUUAAACAGCUGCAGGCUCAUGUGGUUGCAGUGAAGGAGCACUUAGGAGGCCAAGCCACAGAAGAGCUGCGUGCCCAGCUUCAAGAUAUCAAGGCCAAGUACGAAGGAGCUUCUGCUGAGGUGGGCCGGGUUCGUAAUCGCCUCAAACAGAGCGAGAAGGCUUUGGAGGAGUAUAAGAACAGUGAAAGCCAGCUGGCAACUGAGGCUGAAAGGUUAAAUGAAGAGCUUGGGGCUGUGACUGCACAGAGAGAUGAACUUGCAGACACUGUUCUUCAAAUGGAGACCCACUUGAAGGAAGCCAAGUCUAAGCACGACAGCGUGGUGCCGGCUGAAAAGUUCGACAACAUGAAAAACCUGCUGACCAACGCGGUUGAUGAAAAGGAACGACAGCUCGCCGAGCUGAGAGACGACUACGAUCGUGUCUUAGAGGAGGUGGCCGAGCUCCAUCGCAAGCUCGAUAACCCGGCCCAGGGUGGAACAGGGGUAAUGUUCUCGGAGGAACAACAAAAGAUACAAGCUGCCCUGGAAGAGCAGAAUGUCUCGCUGAAAAGGAAGCUCCAUGACGUCACGGCAAAAAGCCAAGUGCUCAUUCAUGAGAUGGAGGACAGCGAGGAGGAGAGAGAGAUACUGCAAGAGAAGCUGGAGGAGCUGAACAGCAGACUCCAGACUGAAUUCGUACCCAUCAAGCAACACGAGGAAGCUCGGAUGAACAUGGUAUCCGCAGUGGAGGAACUGGAGGACAAACUGGUGGAGGCCAGCGAACGUUACGGAAAAGCCGAGGGACAGGUUCAGCAGCUUCAAACAGAGAGGGUGACACUCCAGGAGAACAUUCACACUCUAAAAGGUGCCACAGAGAAACAGCAGAGUGAAAUGGAAUCCCUGAAGACGCACAAUGCCGAGCUGAUGAGGAAGCUUGAACUUUUACAGACAACGUGCGAAGACCAAGACAAAGAGCGUGUGCAGCUUACAGAGCAGAGUCAUACUCUGAAACAGAGCCUCGAGGGAGAAUACGUGCCCAGACACCUGCACGAGAAACUGAGGAUGGAGUUAACUGCCGCUCUGGAGAGAGUCAGAGCUGAGGCGGCAGAUUUGGACUGCAGAGAUAAGGAAAGUCGAGAGGAACUAAAGCAUGUGACAGAAGGAAAUGCCAAGUUACAAGAAAAGUUGGAAAAGGUGUUGUUAGAGAGGGAAAACCACUAUAUAAGCAUGAAGGAUCACAAGAGUGUCACGGAAAAGUUGGGUGCUGCUGUGGCGGAGGCCGAGGACAGAGCAAACCGACUGUCACAGAUGCACGUGACCGCCCAGGAGGAAAACGUGACGCUGACCCAAGAGCUGGAAGCUCAGAAGAAAGAACUUGAUACCAUACAGGAGGCCAUUCAGUCCAAGUUCAUCCCUCUGACAGCUGCUGAGGAGAAAGAAAACUCCUACAGUUGCCAAGUCAAGGAGAUGAAGGUCAAACUAUUAGAGAUGGAGGAGAAGUAUAACCACGAGAAGUCUGACAGAGAGAACAACAAACUGGAGAAAGAGAAACUGAAAGUUGAGAUUGAAACUGUUCAGCAAAGACUUGACACCGCUCUUGUCGUUGUUGAGAAGCACAAGGAGCGCGAGGAAGCGUUUAAGGGCCGCUACGAGGAGGUAUCCCUGAAGCUGGCCAGUCUGGAGGAGAAGCACGACAAGGUGCAGCUUGAGAAAGUUGAGCUGGAAGACCAGAACGCUCUGCACAACACACAAAUCCAGAAUCUCCAGGACCGUCUGAAAUCGGAGUUGACUCGGAUUGCAACGUAUGACUCUGAACUCAAGGCCCUCCAUGAUGCCAUGCGGCAAGCCCAGGCGGAUUGCAAGAAAGCACGGGAAGCUCAGCAGGUAGAGGCCCAAAAAGUUGGUGCCCUGCAGAAGGAAGUUCAGGAACUCCGCAGAGAGCAGGCGUCUCUGCUGCAGGAACACACCAAGGCCAAGGAAGCCCUGGAGGCUGAAGUCGCUGAGCUUCGCGUGGCGCUCCGUGAAGAGGAGGAGAACAGUGGCCAGAGGGCAGAGGAUGUUUCAGCGCUGCAGUCCGAGCUUCUCCAAGCCACUCAAGCUCUCGAGGAGCGUCGCUACAAGGACGUCCAAAUGACCCAGUUGAAGAAGGAGAAGCAGCAUCUCGAGGAGGACGCUGCCAACCUAAGCAACAAGCUGUUGAGCUUAACAGAAGAAUGUAAGGAAGUCCAUCGGGAGGCAACUCAGGCAAGGGAGGGUGAGAGCCAAGCCAGGAGGGAAAUGGAGGCCGUCCUCGAGAAGGGGCGGGCCAUUGAAAGAGAAAUUAGGGAGCUGAAAGAGCGCUACGAUGAGUCACUCAGCACCAUCGGUGAUCUUCAGAGGAGAAUUCAGACAUCAUCUCAGCUGACUGAAGCCAAAGACAAGAAGAUCACCGAGUUGCUGACAGACGUGGAGCGACUGAAGCAAGCACUGAACGGUUUGUCCCAGUUGGCGUACACCAGCAAUAGUCCCAAUAAACGGCAGAUGCAGCAUAUUGACGCCCUCCACGUCCAGAUCAAGGACCUACAACAACAGCUGGCCGAUGCUGAGAGACAACACAGGGAGGUGGUUUCCAUCUAUCGAACUCAUCUCCUCAGUGCAGCGCAGGGCCACAUGGACGAGGACGUCCAAGCCGCUUUGCUGCAGAUCAUCCGCAUGCGACAAGAGUUUGUGUGUUAAAAGCUUUCUUCGGCAUCAUGCGAUGCCACUCGCAGACUCAUUCACCGUUCUCACAUCCCCCCGCUCGCAACGCUUCACCCCCACAGUCAUUCUUCAAACACACUCUUGUGAGAUCAUUUGUAGCCCUUCUCCAACGCCUGCAAGCCAACAUGGGGGCUGAGCAAGUACAGCGUGUAGACACACUGAGAUGUACACACAAUUCAAGCUACGUCAGCGCUAGAACGGGUCAACACGACAGCCAUGACAUUGCAUAAAAUAACUCCUCCUAUGACAGACUGACCACUUCUCACAUUCCGACUUGAUUCACAGUCAAACUGCAGAUAUCCUCUCAUGUUUGCUCGCUUUCAAACUUAUCUCAGCCAGCUCGUGUCUCCUAGUGACAAAAAAAGGUUAGUGUGCCUUUGGAAGUGCCAAAUUGCUCAUCUCCCCAUGCACUGUUUGGAGAAAGAGGUCAAAGGUAACACGUUCUCACCUUAUAUGGUAAAACUACCCUCAAAAAGUUGGUAUGCAUGUUGGGCUUUUGGGUGAAAUGUAACCUGAGCUUUUCAAUGCGCUUUUUGCACAGCUUGUUUUCCGACAAGGUGUGUGAUGCAGGAAUGCAGCAGUAAAUGUCCUGCUUGAAUCACAGUUCCAAUGUUUAGACAGCCCUCACCAUCAUGCCGUUCACAAGACCACGUCCGACGCCUCGUCCACGGCACCCCGCCCCAUCAAACGGGUGCUCUCAGCGACCACUGAGCUUGGAGCAGGGGUGUCCGAAGUGCGGCCCGCGCCUGUUUUUUUUUUUUUUUUGGCCUGCGACACAAAUUCUAAAAAUAUCAUUGAACAAGGGAACUAAAGAAAAAAUAUCAACAGCAAAAAUUGACAAAUCUGCAGCUUUUUUUUUCUUUUUUUUUCUUUUUUUCCUUUUUUUUCUCUGAUCUGCAGCAAUUUUACAAGCUUUAGCUCAAAAUAGUACAAGAAAAAAAGUUGUAAUCUAACAACAAAAGGGCAUCAUUUUACAAGAAUAAUGUAAUAUGAAGAAAAAUAAUGCCAUUUUAAUAACCUAAAACUGAAAUAUUAAAAGAAAAACUAUUUUUUUAAAUGUUGUAACAUGAGAAGCAAACAAAACAAUGAAUAAAUUUGGAAUUUUAAUAAUUGGAAAAUUAGGUUGCAAUUGUACAAGAAUAAACUCGUCAUAUUAUGAGGAAAAUGAUGUCAUUUUAGUAGCAAAAGGUUGAAAUAUGUUUUUGUUAUUUUUUUAAGUCGCAGCAUUUGGAAAAUUAGGUUGGGGAUAAAGUCAAAAUAUUAUGACAAUAAAUUCAUAAUUACGAGAAGAACAUUUAGAAAAACAAAGUUGAAUUAAAAAAAAUUCAAAUUAAAAAAAUUUAAAAAAGUAAAACUAAAAAAUUGAGCCAAAAUAUUAAGAGAAAAAAGUCAGAAUUUUACAAGACUAAACUCGUAAUAUUAUGAGGAAAAAUAAUCAAAUUUUAGUCGCAUAAAGUUGAAAUAAUAAAGAAGAAAUACAUGAUUUCUUUGAAAGUCAAACACAAAAAAAUAAAGUUGUAAUUUUUGUAAAAUUAGGUUGCAGAAAAAGUUGGAAUAUUACGGGAAUAAAGUCCUAAUUAUGAAAAGAAAAUGAGCGAUGAUUAUUUAGGAAGAAAGAUGAAAUAUUUGGAAAUAAACGACAGCAAAAAUGGGGUGCAAAGAGCAAAGUGCGAGCAAUGAUAUGUUUUUUCAUGUGCACUACAUCACAAAGUACACUACAGUAUGUGAUAAAAUACCGUAUAUGACAAAGUGGCAAAGUCGCAUCUUUCCUUUUUCCCGAUGUGGUGCGUCGCUGGACUGUCGCAAAGCUCCAAAGAGGCUGGAAGUGAAAAUUUCAAAAACGUGACCUCUUGUGAAUUUCGCUGUUCCGCUUCUUGUUGGAGAAGAGAAAGUUGUGCAAAAAGGACAAGAAUGUUUAUUCCAAAGUUUAGAGAAGGUGAGAUGAAGUUCACCUGUUAAGGUUUUCGUGCGUUUGACCUUCACCCGAAAGCCUUUCAUUCAUAUCCCAAACUUCAAGUUGGACGCCCACCGAAGACGACAUCCGCACUUCAAGUUACGCAUGUGGCAGAUGCUCAAUCCAACAAAUGGAAACGCCAUUUUACGAGAAUAAACUUGGAAUAUUAUGAGGAAUAAUAAUGACAUUUUUCAGAAUGUUAAAGAAAAAAUCAAUUCCUAAUGUUAUGAGAAACAAACCAAAUAUUUGGAAAAAGUUAUUAGUAUGACGGGAUAAAGUCAUAAUAUUAGGACAAGAAAAUGUAUGAAGAUUAUUCAAGAAGAAAUUUAAUGAAAGCUGAAAUAUUUGGGGGAAAAAACAACAGCAAAAAUGAACAAAUCUGCAGUAAUUUUACAAGAAUCAAGUCCAAAUAUGAACAGAAAAAAGUUGUAAUCUCACGAGAAAAAGUCUUCAUUUUCCAAGAUGAAUGUUGUAAUAUUAUGAGGAAAAACCUCAACAAAGUUGAAGUAUGAACGAAAAAAGAGGCAGUGGCGAUAUUUUGAGAAACAGACAAAACAAGGAACAACGCUGCCGUUCUGGGAAAAUGAGCUUGCCGUAAAAGUUGGCAUGUUACAAGAAUAAAGUCCAAACAUGAUGGGAAUGAAGCCAGAAUUACAAGAACAACCACCCAAUGGCAGUCGUCACGGUGGGUGGAUGGUGUUUUUCAUGUCAUGCUUCCAGGGCUCGCGCGUGUGCGGUUAUGCUGGAUUUGAGCGGUGAAGGUUGGAGAAAGAUCUCUCUUGCUGUGUGUCCUUCCGUUUGCGGUGGCUGCCGGUCUCUUUGUUGAAACACGAGUGUCCUCUAGCGGUCAGACUUGGCAGGCCAAGUUGGUAGAGUUAGUGGAGUUAGUGAGGUCCGGUAUGGAAGCGGGGGUGGGAAGCUGCGUACUUUUGAACUUGACAAAUGGGAGGAAUCCAAGACAAAAACUAGACUUUGAGGCCAAAGUGUUGAGAAUAGCUUGGAUGUGGUCGCAGCUCCCCAUGACUGCACACCCGUCAGCCAUCCGUGUGUGUGUGUGUGUGUGUGUGGGUGGGUGUGUUGUGAUUGUUGAGCGAGUCUCUUGUGCCUUUUCACCCACGUUUUUUCAUGGCUUUGUACUUGUUUGAUGACUGGACUAAAUAAAGUGUGACAGUGCGACAUUCAGCAGGUCUGGAAGUAGAAGUAGAAAGGCACGGAAUGUUCUGUUAGAUGAUAUUCUAUCGUGAGAACUGAGCACAUCUCCAAGUUACGUCAUAAAACAAAUAAAGCACUCCUGUCUUUUCCUUGGAGCUAACACACUCUACAAGCCACUUUUGAUACUUUGCCCACGUAUUUGGGAUUAACGUUGACGUUUCUGUAAAAAGGAAAAUGAUAUUUUUACGCCUCAACUCAUCAAUGUAGACUAAAAUAUGAAAUAUGUAUUUGUCUGUCACUCCUAAAUCAAUAAAAGUGCCUAACAUAGAA